GCCGCGCCGCCGCCUUCCUCCGAAGAAUAGGACAAAGAACGCCAAAAGCCAGGCAAAUCUCACAAAUGGGGGGACUGCCAUCCAUAGAAAGCUCAUCGAGUGCGAUAAUUACUGAGCGAUUACCAAAAGAUCAAAGUGCCCCUGCCGCCGCUGCCAGUGUGUCGGAAUCUAAGCCGAAAAAGAAGAUAUGUUGUGCAUGCCCAGAAACUAAGAAGUUGAGGGAUGAAUGCAUAGUGGAGCAUGGGGAAGUUGCUUGCCAGAAAUGGAUCAAGGCUCAUCGCAAAUGCCUUCGUGCAGAAGGCUUCAAUGUUUAACCCACUCUUAAGUGACGAUUUACACAUACCAGAUUGGAUUGGAUUGGAUAGAAUCAAUGAGUAAUGAAACUGCUACUGCUACAUCACCCUCCUGUUUUGCUUUCCCAGAUACUCCGUACAAUUUUACAAAAAAAUCAGCAAUAAUGAUUGAUCAGUUAAAUGAGUUCUCUUGACUCAUCAAUCAGUAGAAUCCACUCUCUGUUUAAUUGCAAAAAAUGACUUCUACUUGCUAUUCAUCAGAAGGCUUGCUUUUUUAUCAAUAAAUAUCUUUCAACAUA